UGAAGCCACUGACGUGAACGCGAGUGAUAAAUCAAUGCAAGCACUAACUACUUGAUGAUGACUUAAUUUUCUUCUACGAGACUUUUUAUGCUUCUGAUUGGAAAAGGAUUUCCUUUGAAUGCUUACGCAUUUCUGGUACAUGGGAAAUAGCAUAUGGGUUAUCAUAAUUCAUAACUAAUUUGGAGUAUUAAAGGCACUGAAGCGAUGAAAAUAAGAAUAAAUUGACCAGGGAUGCAGGGUAAUGUCCUGGUAGUAACAUUAGGGCCCUGUUUGGUAGGGAUUUAGCUUUCGGUUCCAUCUCAAAUUUAAAAUUUAUAUAGUAAAAUAAAAUAAUUUAAAUAUCUAUUUUUAGUUUAAAAUAAAAAUAAGUUAUCUCACUCAAACAUUUAAUAUAUCUACGGCUUUAUUUCUAUAAAAAUUUUAGAGCUAGAAAUAUAUAGCUCCAAAAAUAUCUUAGAGUUUGAGUUUUGUCAAACAGACUUUUAUUUGCUGCAGCAAAUGUACUUGGAAAUGGGGAGAAAAGCAUGGAUAGAACAUACUUGAAGUGAUGCAACUUAAAUUUAUUGCAUGUCACAUUAUUUAGCAUUAUUUUUAAGACGAGUCCAAUCUUUCAUACUAGUACUAGUAUAUUGAAAUUUCAAUUAUUCUUCCUGUCACGUCGUAAGAGCAUGAUUGAAAGCUCUGCUGCAUCACUGUUCUGCGUUGAUUUACAUUCAGCUAAUCAGCUGGUUAUAGGACAGACACCUAGUAGCCGAAAUAAGUCUUUUUUUUGCUAGUAUACUAUGGUGGUAUAGUAAGUAAGAGGUGCCCUGGCUGCUGACAAGUCUCUUUCAGUACACCCAUCUUCAUGGCAUGUUGAGAAGACUUGUACAAUCAAGGAGCACAAUUUACUUGGGCUACAAUCGUGCAAGUGACUUGACAAAAGGGUCUACAAUCAGCUCGAGCUCAUCAAGCUUCCCAGGAAUUUUGCAAGGGAAAGGAAGCAGGGUAGUCUACGAACAAGAACUUGCAUGCCAUCUUAUGGUUUCUCCGAUCACCGGUGAUCUACUUCGAUCCAACCCAGCUGAAACUUAGAAAGCGUGCUCUCCUUCUUGUUGCAUCGACAUGGCUCACGCUUCACGCCCCGCCAAUUCGGCACCACGCAUUUGAUGUUCACUGCAAUUAGGUAGCUCAUGCAGAUGUUUCCAUGCCAUCCUGACGACUCUCGCCUAUAUAAGAGAGUUUAAUUAGCAGUGUCGAUUAACGUGAGUUCAUCUUCACUGAACCUGUAACAUCACGAUCGAGAUGACAGCGAGCAUGAAGAGCUCUUGCUUCGUGAUAGUGCUCCUUCUGGCCAUUGCCACGGCCAGCAGCCUCUCGCUCGCCGCCGCCCGCGAGACCAGCAGCAUUCCCGCCAUCGUGGGCCGCGAGCUGAGGGGGUUGGUCGCCAGGGCCGGCGGCAUGCUCAGCUCGGCCGGCUGGCGCACCGCGAAGUCCACCGACGACGUCGCUGAGGUGAAGAACCUGAGGGCCGCGGCGGCGCGGAGGCGGCCCAGGAAGACCGCCAGCGUGAGCUGCGUCACCGCCGCGAUGUGCCGGAAGAAGCGCGUGAUCUGCGGCAAGAGGUGCUACGGCGCCUCGCGCGCCAGCCUCAACCACGUCCCCUCCCGGUGCGUUGUCAAGUGCAAGAAGUGCGUGCCCACCUGCUAGAUCCUUCGUCGUCGGUCUCCACUCCCCGUGGAUUUCGAGCCUUCUGUUCAGCUCCCAGCUGCCGUGUAGUCGUGGUGUUACUGGUAGUCUGG